GCGGUUCUAUAUAAAAAAAAAAAAGAAUCAUUCAAAAGAGUCUGAAUAUCGUCAAGAAUAGUUUCGUCUAUAGUUAAAAAAAAAGGUUGAAUUUUCAAUUGUAACUUGUAAGAGGAAAAUGGAGUCUUACCAAAACCAAUCCGGAGCUCAGCAGACUCACCAACAGCUUGACCAAUUCGGUAAUCCAGUUUCAACUACCACUGCAGGUCCAGUCAUCGCUGAAGGUGGUGGUUUGAGUGGCAUGCUUCACCGUUCUGGGAGUAGCUCUAGCUCUAGCUCGGAGGACGAUGGACUAGGUGGGAGGAGGAGGAAGAAGAAGGGAAUAACGGAGAAGAUUAAAGACAAGCUGCCGGGUCAUCAUGAGUCCAACAAGACUUCUUUAGGUUCCACCACGACGGCCUAUGAUACCGGCACCACCGUUCACCACGAGAAGAAAGGCAUGAUGGAAAAGAUCAAAGAGAAGCUCCCGGGUGGUCAUCAUUAGAUUCACUUUUAUCAACCUGUUUGCGUAUAUGUUAUAUGGUACUAUAUAUUUUCAUUUCACAAUAAUGUUUUAGUGUGGCUCUUAUUAAGAACAAUGCAUAUGACGUACUCUUUUAACACAAGGGUCGUUACGCCUAUAUAUGUUUGUUGAAUGGAAUAAAUAUAAGCCUCUCUUUUUCGAAUCAUUUA